AUGCCCCCCGUCGGUCCCCGAGUCUCGAAAGAGGAGUUUAUUCACGCUUUGGGCUUAAACCCCCAGGACCCACAGCAUGAGCAGUACUACCGUGCCAUGCGAGACGAAGCAAUCAUGGUCUACAACCACAUGAACCAAGACACCUCCCACCUCCUUGACAGCGUCCGUACCGACCCAAACACCCGCCCUCCCUUCUUCUGGCACCACAUUCUACCAGACCACCAGCGCUGGGCCAUCAUGGAGAUCUGGCGCAAUGCUGGCCCUCUCACUCGACCUCUGUUUGACCGCGGUGCUACCAAUAGCGAGUAUGGGCCCAACUGGGUCGCAGGGUGGUUGUUGUACAGUGUCUUUCGAUCGCGGGAUGUGAGAAAUAAUCGGAACCGGAGGAAGGGGGAGAACAAUGGGGCAGUUGCUGAUGCUGGGAGGUCCAGGCAGGUUGAAGAGACUCCGAAGAAAGGCUACUAUGACCCUGUGCGGAAUGGGACGCUUUAG